AUGCCUAAUAUAUUCUUAUCUAAUUACAUUUUUAUAUUUAUAUUAUUAACAAAUAAAUUUUUGAAAACUUUUGAUUAUGUUGAGAGUAAACAUUGGAAUAAUAUAUGCUUAAAAGACCUAUAUGAUAAAAAUGAUAUCAAAUUAAAUAAAACAAACAAAUUAAAACUAAAAUAUAAAAAUUUUAUGUUUUCAGAUUUAAAAAAACAAAAGAAAAGAAAAGAAACAGAAACAGCAACAGGAACAAUUACACAAAAACAAAAACACACAAAAAAAAAAAAAUUACAUGGACAAACUAAUGGAUAUUUUAUAAAGAGAAAUAAAAUACAACACAUAUUUGCGAAUAUUCCUUACAACAAUAAUUUUAAGAAAAUUAAUCAGGACAUAUACACUUUUAAAAAUGUUAAUUAUCAUCCAAAAAACGCUAACAAAAAAGUAUAUCUAAAGAUUAAUAAUGCUACCCAUUUGGAAACAAUUAAAACUUAUAUUACAAAAUGUAUAAAAAACUAUAGACAUCAAAAUGAAGAGAAAACACAAAAAAAAAUAAGAAAUUAUAACAAUAUAAUACAAUAUUAUGUAUCACGAAAAAAUAAUAAUAAUAAUAAUAAUAAUCGAUUCAUUCAUACUUAUAAUAUGCUCUUUAUUAAUAUAUUCUACAAUAUUAUAAGUAAAAAUAGAAAUGAAAAAAAAAAAAAAAAUAGAAAAACAGAUUUCCAAAAAUAUUUAAGGAAAUAUGAAGAACUGUACCAAAAAUUUACACCAGAAAAUGAUGCAGAAAAUAAUGAUAUAAAUAAUGAUAAAAAUAAUAGUGAUUUAAUAUCACAAAUUAAUAAAAAAAACAUCUCUAAUAUUAUUAUUAACGAAUGGUGUUUACGUAAUAAUAAUGAAAAAUAUAAUUCUACAUUAAUGUAUGAUUAUAUAUCUAAUAUGCAUAAUACAGAAUAUCAAGAUAUAACAUGUGUAAAUAAUUUUAUAAAAAAUAAUGAAAUGAUAGAAAAGGAAACAUGGGAACAUAAGCAGAAACCAUAUUUAACGUAUAAAUAUGAAUUUAAAUAUAGAGAUCCAAUAAAUCGAAAAAAUAAAUUGUAUCAAUAUGAAUAUUAUAUACCAAAAUUAAUAACAUAUGAAGAAGAUAUUUCUACUGAACCAAAAUUUGUACCUUCUAAUUUCAAAUCACCUAAAUGUUAUAAUAAUUCCCCUGUGAAUGCUCUAACAACUAGUGGGUUUAGUAGUCGUAAUAUUGAUACCUUUGGAAAAGAAAGAAAUAAAAUAUAUUCAUUCAAUACACCAACUGAUGUAAAAAGAAAUAUAUUUUUUGAUGAUCUCAUAUUAAUAUCAUCAUCUUAUAAUCAACAUUUCUUUCCAAAUUUAAACUUUUUAUUAAAUUUACAUACAUUACAAAUUCUAAUAAGGGAUAAAACGGCUAUAGAAACGGAUUACAUGAUAGACAAAUUUGAUCAGCUCAAAGAAAAGCUUAUUCAAAUCAAUUCCCCACAUGUAAUAGAUAAUAACCAAAAUGAUGACAUUGACAAUAAUAAUAAUAAUAAUAAUAAUAAUAAUAAUUGUGAUAAUCCAUAUAAUAAAAGGAUAAUACCAAUAAAUAACAAAUCAACAAAUAAUGAUGCCUGCACAAUUGAUAAUAUAUCAAAUAUACAACACAGGAAGAAUCAAACGAAUGAUCAAAAUAAUAAAAGUAAAGAUGAUGAAAUAAAUGAAGAAAUAUCUAGCAAUUUAACAUAUAAAAAAACUCUAUUUGAUGACAAAAUUCAAUUAUUCAAAAAUAAAUAUGAUAAAAAUAUUUUGGAUGAUAAAGAUUUUGUUCAACUAUGGAAAUAUAACGAAAAAGGAGAAAUAGUCGAAACAAUCAAUAAAAUACCUAUACCAAAAAUUUAUUUAAAUAUUGAUGAUCCCAAAUAUCUGUCAUGGAAAAUUUUACAAAAUUCUGGAAAAACAGCUUUCAAAGAAAUUCCAACACCAAAUAGAAAACUAGAAGCAUGGAGGCAACAAGUAAAUUUAAAAACAUUUUAUAAACAAAAUUUUGAUAGCAGUAUAAGUUUAAGAAAUAUUUCUAAAGAAGAAUUAGUUGAUUAUAAAAUGAAAAUAGUAGAUAAUACAUUUGAAAAAAAUGAAAAAGUUCAAAAUGAUAUAUCUGAUCAUUUUGAUAACAUAAAAAUGGAUAAUCAACAAAAUGAAGAAAAAGUGGAAUUGAAUGAGAAUAUAAAUUAUUACAAUAGUGAUAAUAUAAAUGGUGAUAAUAUAAAUGGUGAUAAUAUAAAUGGUGAUAAUAUAAAUGGUGAUAAUAUAAAUGGUGAUAAUAUAAAUGGUGAUAAUAUAAAUGGUGAUAAUAUAAAUGGUGAUAAUAUAAAUGGUGAUAAUAUAAAUGGUGAUAAUAUAAAUGGUGAUAAUAUAAAUGAUGAUAAUAUAAAUGAUGAUAAUAUAAAUGAUGUUAAUAAUAAUCAUAAUAAUAAUCAUAAUAGUGAUAAUCAUUAUUACUAUGGAGAUACCCAUAAAAUCAAUAAUCAAAAUAAAAAAAAUGUUAACGAAACUAUUAAUAUAAGUGAAAACACAAAUAUGGAUGAUAAUAAUAAUAAUGAAAUAUAUUCACAAAAUUAUAAAGAACAAAGAAUAAAAAAUCAAGAUAUAUCUAAUAAUGCAUAUAAUUUUAAUAAAGAACACAUUGACAAGUGCAAAAGAAAAUACAAAAAAGCUUUUUAUACACUAGUUGUAAGAGAUGGAAUAGUAGAUGAAUAUUUAUCUGAUGAUAUUAACAUUUUAAAAAAUCUAGAUAAUAAAUUAAAAAAAAAAUCUGAAAUAAACCAAAAUAAGGAAAAUGAAAAUGAAAAUGAAAACAAUUCACAAAGUGAUAAUAAUACAACCAAACAACAUAUUCAAGAUGAACAAGGAACUGAACAAAAAAAAAGUAAAAUAUUUGUUGGUAGCUUUUUUAAUGUAAAAGAUGUAGAAAUUGAAUAUUUAAUUAAUAAAGAAUUAUAUUUUAUACCUGAACAUUCAAAUUGGUAUAAAACAAAUACACAACCAUUUAUUAGAGGACAAAUUGGAAAACAGUCAAGAAAAUUUGAUAAUGAUUAUCCUAUUUAUGAUUAUAGAAAAAGUGAUUUUGGUAUGGCCAAAUUCUCAUCAUUAAAUUUAGCAUCUAUCAAAGAUUGUGCUGUAGUAUAUUUAGAUGAAAAUAUUGAUUUAAGUGAUAAAUUUAUUCAUGUUAUAUUUAUAGCAACCUCAAAAAAUGAAGAUAUUGAUAAUAACAAUAAUAAUAAUGAUAAUAAUAAUGAUAAUGAUAUAUAUGAAAAACAAUCCAAAUAUAAUGUAUAUGAAAACAUUCCAUCUAAUAACAAACAAACCAAUUCAAAUAAUAAUUCUGAAUAUAAUAACGAACAAAAUAAUUGUAGUAACAAACAAAUUACAAAUGAUGAACAAAAUGAUAACGAAUAUGAAAAAGAAGAAAGUAUUCAAAAAUGUCAUAUGGAAAAAGUUAUAUCGAGUCAUGAUGAUACAAUACAAAAUUGUGAUAUUGAAAAAAAUGAAUGUAAAGAAAAUAAAAAAAGUAAAUAUACACAAAUCAAAUUAACAGAAUAUCAUACGCACAAUCCAAUAACAAAUCCUAGAUUAGUUGUAUAUGUAAAAGGAAAUAGCAAAAUAAAUAUAUACGAAUCACAUAUAUCAUUAAAUAAAAGUAAUAGUGGACUAGUUAAUGGAUUCUCAAGAAUUUGUUUAGAAGAAAAAUCCAAUGUAAAACAUACAUUAUCUCAAGAAUUAGGAAAUAAUGUAUGGCAUUUUCAUAACGUAUCAGUAAAAAAUGGAUUAAAUGCAAAUUAUAAAUUCGUUGAUGUAUUACUAGGUAGCUUAUCCUCAAGAAUUAAUUUACAAAUAGAAGGAGAAAAAGGAUGUAAACAAGAAAGUUAUGGUUUAUCAUUAUUAGAAGAUAAACAAAAUAUUAGUCAAUAUGAAAUGUUUCAUCACGAACAUCCAUCUAUGGAAACUAAUCAAUUAUUUAAAUGCCUAGUAUCUGAUAAAGCACAUGCCGUCUGGAGAAGUAGAGGUAGAAUAGAAAGAAAUGCAAUAAAAGCAAAAUUAAAUACCUUAUGUAAAUCUAUUCUAUUGAAUUUUGGAGCUAGCGCUGUAUGUAUACCCACCCUAGAAAUUAUACCAAGUGAUAUAGAAUGUGCAAAUCACGGUGCAACCAUAAGUGAUUUAGAAAAAGAACCAAUCUUCUCAUUAAUGACAAGAGGAAUAUCUGAAAGAAAUGCUAGAGAAAUAAUGAUGAAUUCUUUUGUUAAGGAAAUUUUAGACCAUAUAUCUGACGAAAAUCUUAAAAAUAGGGUAUAUCAAAAGGUUUUAAAAUUUUCUCAAAAGUAUAAAAGUUCUACUUAUUAA